UAAAUAAAUGGAAUUGCGCUAGUUGCUAUCCAACAAGCCACUCGAAAGGGAUACUACGCGUGCGUAUGAUAUUCUCCUAGCUCUGACCUGACGCCCCCUCGUCAGAGAGCGGCAUGGCGCCCCAGUACAAUAUAAGUAGCGGGAAAAUAUCUCGUUUCCCUCAAGCUCAGGAAAUACGGACCGUGGGGGCAUAGCAGUGCAUUCCAGGUUAAACAUCUGCCUCCCCUUUUAUUGCAACGCCUCAUUAUAACCGGGGAUUCUAGACUAUCCCCUUCGCUAUCCUGAAAUGCAAGAUCUUUUAGACUUCGUCAUCAACCACGUUUUCAUGCCCCCCAAGCUACCUCAGGAGGAGGAUGACAGUCCAAAGCGCAAAGAUUUCCUUCUGUCGACCGUCUACAGUACAAUGGAGCUCUACAGGCAGAAGUAUGCUGCGACUGAGCACCAAGCAUUGUGGGGCUCUUUGUUGAAAAUGGUGGAUACAUUGCGACGAAUCAACGAGUGUCCGGAGGUUUGGAUCAACGAAUCUAUCAAAAACAUGGUUACCGGAGACAUUAUCUCCAUUCUCAUUCGUGCUCAGAACGCAAGCGUGAUCAUCCGUUGCGGAGAGGAGGAAACGAUAUUCGAGAGUUUUGAAGUCUCACCAAGGAACAAAGACGUGAUGGGCUGUACAAGAAAGCUUAUCCGUUCCUUUCCCGGACCUGCUAUUGCCGUUCAGAAUGACAUUGCGCUAGACCCGGCAUUUCUCGAAGAAUUAUCUACAUUCCUAAUUCAGAUGGACAUCGAUUCAUUGGCGGACGCCCAAACCCUCACCAGGAAAGCAAGCAGUGACCUCGUCGAAGAGCGUGACACGACUCAUCCCAUGUACAUCACCGAAUUGCUGACUGGGAUACUCCGUGGACUGGGACAGCCUGCCGACAUUCCUCGUAUCCAGAAGAGGACAUCGGAUGAUGUCUUGUGGGAUAAAACCUUGCUCCCAUGGAGACGCAGCCCUCUCUGGCUCGUUGUUCGUGUCACCUUACAAACUACGAUUCGCCGAAACGUCUCGAGUGUGAACGAAUACAAGUCCUUUAUGAUACUCCUUCUGGCCGAGAUUUUGCGCAAUGGUGUCGAGAACCGGUUGCCAGGCGACGUCCUUUAUUGCAUGCGUGCAAAGCUUAGCCGUCGGCUCUUCAAAAUUCGAUCAUGGGCAGGUGCAGCUCUUGUCGCGCAUGUCCGCGAGGUUGUUGUUGAUACCGAAAGACUGCUCCAAGAUCGGUGGGAAGCUGUCCAAGACGUGCAGAUGCAAACACCUGAAUGGGCGCCGGACGGAUUAGAUAUUGAUGGGGACACAAGCCUUACCCUAAAGAACUGCAGAUCUUACAUCGAUGCUGCUUUCAACCCAGUGGCACAUGCUAGCGCCAGCGCUGCGUUCAACCCAUCUCAUUAUCCGCGACCAGCCGAUAACCCGUUUGAGGAUGUACCCCGUCAUCUUCCAAAGGCCGUAAAAGCCGAUGGAUUCGUUGCACUGCGGGAUUUCGAGCAUUGCGUAAGGAACAGCAUCGACGACUGGGUGUCUUUGCAGGUUUCCCGCCAGAACUGCGAAAAAUCCUGUACUAUUCUCGCUGAUUGCAUGAUAACAUACGCCGAAAAUGCAAACAGGUUGUAUGAAAAGGCCCCGGAACAGCAGUCCAUCAUGCUCCUCACACUCUUUGAACUGUGGAUGGCACUCGAUAUAUUAGCAGUCACUUCUUGUCCUCUUUUGAGGUCCUAUUCUCCCGAGAUCCCCUUGACUCUGUAUGAGACACUCCUGCUUCCGAAAUCCGAUUCGCUGGAACGCAUAUCUAGGAUCCAGCAGCAUCUACGCAGCCGCUACAGCGAGGCCGGUAGUAACCCUCGGUCGAUUUUUUCAGAAAUUGUAGAUGAGGAAACCUUUGCCGUCAAGUUUUUCAGCUCGUCCCCACUGCUUCAGGGAGUAAAGCAUCGCAUCGAGGAGCAAGCGACAGCGAAGCGGAACGAAAAACUCCUCGAGCUUCGCCUGUUGAAUCAUCGGUACAAGGAAAAUAUGGACCUGGCUGCUCGCAUCGGUCAUAACGACUCUACACGUCGCGGUAAGGUCGGACAUUAUCCGCGCCGUUGUCAAAAAUGCAAAUAUGAGAAGAAGGCAAGAGCCAACAUACAUAUUCACGAAUGGCCGCUACCCGACCAUCUAAUGCGAGCCGAAGUUGUUGUGUUUGAACUUGCGGGUCCUCGGGAUUUUAAGACUUGGAGGAGAGCGACUUAUUGGUUUCUUCGUGACAUCUGCACCCGUCCUGUUCAUUCCCACAAAGCGGCCCCAUCGAUGACAUUACGACGUUAUGCCGACCUCAAUAUUCCCGGAAACAUUGUCUCCGGUUCUCAGCUCCGGGUCUCGUUGGCAUCUCAGGAGAAGUCCUUCUUGAACACUCAUUUUAAAAACGUGAACAUCCCAACGAGCGAAGAGAGCGUCUGCCUCCCGAAUGCACUGUCAUAUCGACUGUAUGACGUAGAAAACGAUAGCUGGAUAUAUCCCCCAUCCCCCGACUGCGACCUCGGCCACCGAACGUCCAUGCAGAUAGCACAUCGUUCGCCAUAUGUUUCCCUGGAAUGCUUUGCACAGGGCACUUCCCAUACCUCGAACGAAGUUCUUGCGAGCCAACAUGAAUGUCCUGCUUCACUCAGCUUACAGGAAUUCAUUGCAUUUGGGUCAUUGCGCGCCGGAGCGCGGUUGCAAUGGUAUAAUAUUUCCCGAGAAAUUCCCUCGAGAAUCCUCAGUUUCCAUCAUGAGGUGGUUUGUGAUCUCAUCUCUCGGGCUGCAUGUCAAGUGGGUUGCCUCUCCAGUGACGGUGACUGGGAAUGCCACGAAGUUCUGCGGGACGCAUCAUUCGGUGCCGUGUUACUAGACGUUCUUGACCAGCUGGGAACAGAUAUCGAGGGGAACUGGAAUCAGAGCGUCGCAGCACUGACUGUCAGUACCCUGGCUUGUCGAUUGCUGGCUUCCGUGGUACAUAAAUCAACCAUUGACAAAACGUACAAGUUGCUGCGGAAGAUUCGAAGCAUCGCUAUGCGCUGGCUGGAUGAACUGACGAAACUCCAAUCAAACACUGAAACAGAAACCGAACAGGACAAAUACGAGAAGGAAAUAUGCCGAAUAGCUGCGACUUGCAGGAGUACUUUUGAUGUUGACUCAAUUCAUGCCGGCUCACUCCUUCAGACCCCAGAGGAUGUCGCCAUUUUUGUUGAAUGUGCUAUCAUCCUUCACAACCAUUCAGCUCAAGAAUUCUCCAGUGCAGAUCUUCAUUUACAUCAAUUGCUUCUCCGAGACCAGCGGUUGUCCUGCAGUAUGGAAGAGCUUCUCAUCACCCGCGCCCAGGAAACAGAAACCAUGCAAGGUAUUAGUGAGGCGAUAGCAAGGGUUUGGGCUAGCUUCAACUUAACAUGUCGCUGGACAAGGCUGCCAAGACCGAACGAUCGUUGGUUAGCCACUGCCAUGACUGGUCAGAGGACACAAGAGGUUCAAUUUAACGUACUGAGUGGCGCGUUACUGAUUGAGGGGAAGCCAUUCGGGCGGUUGCCACCUGUGGUGCGCGGGCAUCCGAUAUAUAAGGAACUUUUCGGUGAAAAAAACCUGGGUGUUGUUCCAUCGGAUAUGGAAGAUAUGGAAUAUGCAACUAAUGCCAGUGUGUCUUGCGGGUCUCGACUUGGAAUUCAAGAUACCCCUCAGAUAAUCCACUUCGGAUGGCGAGAUGGAAAGCUCAUUCUACGAAGUAGAUCCUGCAGACCUGAUGGGGAGGCUCGUUGGGUCUUGGAGUUGCUGCCUCGUGAAAUAUUCAGGGGCGAUCUCCCUUCUAUUCUAAUCGACGACUAUGUUCAUUGGUUGGAAGUAUCCACGCGCCAGAUUGAGUUGCGACCCAAGGAAGCGCCCUGGACACCCUCCCAAUCAAAUUGGCACUUACGUUGCACUCCGUCCUCUACAUGGGUUAUGGAUAAGCAGUCGUCUAUCAUAUUGGUUGACUGUCGAAGCCGGACGGCGGGGAUGAUGUAUGGCGUACUUCGGCAUUUGGAGGUGCCAAACAAUAUUCUCAUCGCAAGACCGACAACGCACCAACUCCUGGUCGACCUCCCUCGGUUCCAGCUCUCCUUUGUCCUAAAAGGGGGGGGGCUCUGUUCACUGAACUUUCCCGGCUUCGAAAUAGAUCAUGACAAUCAAUCAACAGGAACAAUGAUAGGUCUUCAGAGUCGGCUUGUUCUACGCCAGAGCAGAUAUCACCCCGCUCGUUUUGUGGAGCCCAUUUAUUCUAAGCGUGUCAUCAUCCCCGUCGGCGACAUAUCGAUCGUAGGAGACGGUGACUACGUUGCUGUCACAAUUGACCACUCAGGAUCGCGUCGUGUCAAUUAUUACGAUUAUGAUGUCGAUACCCUGCUCGGCCGUUUGGUCGGAGAUGGAAGCUUGUCUAGCACGCUUUUCCAGGCGUACCUUCACGCCAUCACCAGUUACUGCCUACCUGAUCUUCUUACGUCAUUGUCGGGAACUGAGGAAGCUCUUCAAAUCCUUCGCUCAGCACGCUGCAGAUCGUUUCUUAGUCUUAAUGACGAGGAGCGUAAUAUCCUUCAUCAGUUGUCCAGAUUGACGCCGUUAAGAAGUUGGUAUCCUUCCCACCUACGAGUGAUGCAACAAACUGUCUGGAAUAAAGCACUGAGACCGAUUAUCCAACACGAUGCCUUCUGUAGUGAUGUCCAGUCUAUAAUAGAGUGGGAUGGUCAAAUGCAAGCUUUCCGCCCCUCCACGUCCAGAGAAGACUCUACAAACACCCCCCAUGCAAGAGACCCACAUUUACUCUCUCGGGCGAGAUGCCGCAAUGCUAUCUGGCACGGUUCUGGCAUCUUGCAGGACAAGCUGGGCGUAGAUACGACAUACAGAUCUAGGGAUGCUCCAGACGGGCUCGACACUACCCGCAUUCACCGCACCUCAAAUGUCUCUAGUUUGGUGUACAAAUGUCCUCUUCAACUCAGGACCCCGAAAAACCUUCUAUCUCGCAUCGAAUCAUGGACAGAGGAGAUGAAGGGCUCUUCCACUUGCAACCAAUCGUGCGUAAGCCUCGGAUAUAGCAAAGAAUGGCUGUCCUUGGACAUAGCAAGUGCAUGGAUUCCCUUAUACAAUGCUUGUCGAUCAGUCGGAUGGGGGAAUGAUACCUGUUUCAAAAUGGCGUUCAGUCUUUCGGCAUUGGAGUACUCUAAUCAUCGGUUCAAAGAUUUGCUCCCCGUCGUUCUUGCAUUUUCACGUUACCCUGAAUUCCGUUCCAUCAGUCCGCCCUUGUGGUCACGAUACAAAUUCACUAUGGGUUACGUAGCAGAUUCAUCACAACUCAACACCACCAUCUCAGAGUGUGCCAAUCCCUUUCAGGACAUCGGCGACCCAUCGGCCCCAAAUGUGUCUAAAAAGAAGCGUAAAAUGGCAUAUCAUUCCCAAGUGUCUUCCCAAACCUCCUUCCUUGUCACACAUUUAACUGGCCAAUGGAAUUGUGCACCCUCGAGCAAACCAACGUUGCCAUUUGUGCCAAGCGGGGAUACAUGGCUAAUUAACACCUCUCUUGCCAUGCAUAGAGUAACGGAGUUGUUCGGGAUGUGGUCCAGGAACCGGGAUUUGUGUGACCACAUCCGGAAAGUCCAGCAGGUCUUGGAUAAUCAUUAUACUUCAAAUGCUCCGGUACUACCUCUAUACUCAUUCCAGACCUCUCCACACCCUGAAGAGGCACUACCAUCCAUUGUAUCGUAUCGCGAUGUUUUCCUUCGACAGCCUCCGAUUCUUGCUCCUAUCCCUUCCCCUCCUAGAUCAAAGGGAUGCUUGGCUUCACGAUCGGGACCUGAUAAUCUGAGAGUUCUCAUUUCGAGUCUCCGCUCAUCUGGGAGCCCACUAUCUCGAAAAUAUGGGGAAGAUCUCGAAGUCAGCAGGGAUGCAUUGCAGUACGAUACUGAAAUCGGCACGGAGCGGGUAGAAAUCCUUCAGGUUUAUCGUGAUCACCAGACGUACCAAACUUAUCUAUACGAUACCCUGGAGCAAAUUGAACAGGCAAUCGAUCCGGAUCCUCGGUCAGAGGCCCCAGAGGAGGUUAUGCGUGUAGCUGGACUGUGGCCGAAGAGCACCCUACGUUCUUUGUUACACCACUUAUCAUUCUCAUCGCGCUCAAGAGUUGGUCUCUCCCUUGGUUGGAAAACCGCUCUUAUUCGCCUUGCCCAGUCCAUACUGCUGUUGCAGCGGUCGGAGAGGUUGAUGAAAUCAAGACACAGCACCGACGAAUUCCUGAAGGAAUAUCAGAAUUAUACUGAUUUACAUGACAUUUCGGACAGAGUAGACUGGCUGCUCAUCCAGAUUGACUCUAACUUUCUUAUCCGCCCGCUUCAAGUUGACGUUGCGCGUAACAUGAUGUUCCCCUGCCCACAGGAAAACGCUAUCCUCCAACUCAAUAUGGGGGAAGGGAAAUCAUCUGUCAUUGUCCCUCUAAUAGCAUCAUCUUUGGCGGACGGACAAAAACUGAUUAGAAUUAUUGUGCUAAAACCCUUAGCAAACCAAAUGUUUCAGUUACUCGUCCGACGCUUGAGUGGCCUGGCCGAUCGGCGGGUAUAUUACACGCCCUUCUCCCGCACGACUUCUGUGGCUGGACACCAUUUAUCCCUGUUUCAAAGCAUAUAUCGUGAAUGCAUGCGCGCGGGUGGAAUACUGGUCAUGCAGCCUGAACACGUCCUGUCGUUCAAACUCAUGGGUGUAGAUCAACAACUUCCGGCUGUCAUGGGCCAGAAGACGCCAAAUGCGAUGCUGGGACUGCAACGAUGGCUGGAUUCGAAUGUUAGGGACAUUUUGGACGAGAGCGAUGAGAUUCUAGCAGUCAAAUACCAACUCGUCUACACUGUUGGAGCCCAGCAGCCUCUAGACCAUCAUCCUGACCGAUGGACUGUUGUGCAACAUGUGUUUUCCAUCUUGCGCAGCCACACCCGGUUCAUCGAGGAAUUCUUUCCUCAAGGGGGCUUCGAGGUCGAGCAACAGCGAGGUGGAUGCUUCCCUCAUCUUCGUAUUCUCAACCCUAAGGCCGGUGUUUGGUUUGUGGAAUGUCUUGUGCAUGGAAUAAUGUCGGGGGAGUGUCCAGAUCUGCCUUCAUUAAGGCUAUUUCACGGCAGAGCGCGACAAGAAGCAGUGGCUUUCAUCACAAAACCGGAUCCUGGAGAACUUAACGAAUUGACAAAUCACUGCCAUCGCGACGCCUGCCUAUGGAACACUCUGCUCUUGCUGAGGGGCCUUUUUGCCCACGGAAUACUUACGUACAUCUUUAGCGAACGUAGGUGGCGAGUGGAUUAUGGGCUUGACCUUACACGGUCCCUUCUCGCAGUGCCUUAUCGCGCAAAAGAUGUGCCUUCACUGAGGGCGGAGUUCAGUCAUCCGGACGUCUGCAUUUCGUUGACAUGUCUCAGCUAUUAUUACGGUGGAUUAUCUUGUGAUCAACUGGAUGUAUGCUUCGAACUCCUUGGUCGACUGGAGGAUCCGGUGGUGGAAUAUGGCAAAUGGAUAAAAGAGAACUGUUUAGUGCCGGAAUUCCUCUGUGACUAUAGCGGUUUCAAUCCGAGCAACCACAACCAAAAGAUUGACUAUCUCUAUCCAGCUUUCGAAAGAAACCAGGAGACAAUCAACUUCUUCCUCUCUCAGGUUGUUUUUCCGAGGGAAGCCAAGGCGUAUCCGCAAAAGCUCUCCGCAUCUGGAUGGGAUAUCGCUGAACGAAGAAAACACAUAACGACAGGGUUCAGUGGUACAAAUGACAACCGCUAUCUUCUCCCCACUUCUAUUAAACAGGUCGACAUUCCUGCGCAAUUAAGCACGAAUGCCAAGGUGUUGAAUUUGAUGCUCCAGCCCGAGAAUGAUCAUUACCGAACUGCAGAGCGUAGCAAGUUUUUGGAUAUCCUUAUCGAGGAGACCCCUCAAAUCCGAGUUCUAUUGGAUGUGGGCGCUCAAAUGUUGGAAGACUCCAACAGGGGUUUGGCGUCGAGAUGGCUUUCGAGAAUCCCAGCAGCCGACGUAGAUGUUGCGAUCUUCUUCGAAGAUGACGAAAUCCUUAUUGUACGACGUGAUGGCGAAACGGAGCCGCUUAUCUCGUCCUCGUACAGACGCCGGCUUGAUCGUUGCCUUGUGUACCUUGAUGAUUCCCAUACGAGGGGCACCGACUUAAAGCUGCCCCUUGAUUAUCGUGCGGCAGUGACAUUGGGUCAGAAAGUGACGAAAGAUAAACUAGUUCAAGGAUGCAUGCGAAUGCGCAAGCUAGGGCAGGGACAAUCUAUUCUCUUUCUUGCACCUCCCGUUGUGGAUCACGCAAUCCGCCAGUUCACUGCAAAAAUCCACGGAGAACAAAUCACUGCUGGCGACAUUCUUGCCUGGUCCAUCGGUGAGACAUGUAAGAGCCUACAGCAUUAUAGCUCUCACUGGAGAGAGCAGGGAGUUCAUUACACGGACAGGCAAUGCGCAUGGAAAGAGUUUUGGUCGUCUGGUGCCAGUGACGCUUCGGGGCUGGCGAAAUAUUGGCUGCAACCCGAGUCGAAGUCUUUGAAGGAAAUGUACGAGGUACCAUUGUCUUCCGUAUCAUCAACACGCGAACCAUCCCAUCAUCCCGCUGCCGACUUUCGUGAGAUCGGAAAGAGGGCCUACAUCUUCUCGUUCUCCACGGAGAGCGGGCUGGUGAGAAUGGAAGAAGAUCAAGAGCAGGAACGCGAGGUAACCCAUGAGCUCGAACGGGAGCAACAAGUCGAGAGACCACCGCCUUUACCGCCUGCUCGCCAUCGCCUCGAUCCUGAUAUCGUGGCUUUCGUACGAAGUGGCCGGACACCAGCGGACUCAUCGCAUGCUUUCGUCGCGCUCUUCUCUUCAGUCCCAAUCCUUCAUCCGUCCCCGCAGCAAGUCACUAAGUGGUCAGACAAGCUACUUGCAACCAGAGACUUCGUCACGGUCAUCAAAGGUUUGGGUGUCCAGAAAAGCAUCGAGUUCCUUCGGCCCGUCAACUGGAUACUGUCCAGUGCCCGCGACCCGACGCUCGUUGUUUGCAGCCCCUUUGAGGCGAACGAGCUACUCCCUGAAAUCCGCCGCAGCCACAACACUACGUUGCAUGUCUACUCGCCUAGAGUGAACCAACCAAUGAGGUCCUUCGAUGAUCUCAGAUUUUGCACGAUUCCACCUUUACCAACAAUGUGGACGGAGCCGGAGAGGCUUACGAUCUCGCAGCUCAACAUAUUCUCAGGCCAGGUAUACCUUAACGACUUUGAAACGUACCUUGAACUUUGCAAUUUUUUGGGAGUCAACACGAGUCAUGACGGGAACAACGAGAUCGAAACCCAAAGUGACGGCUUCAUCCUUCCCCAAAACCGCACUGGAGAGAUGGAAUUGGUCUGUCCGUUUGAUAGCAGCCCUCUCCCUUUCAUACAUGAGCUGAUGAGCCACAGGAGGAAAGGGAUACCCUACACUUCCACUCAUCUUGGACGAAUUGUUAAUGGAGCAUUCGUACGACCGGAAGAUUUCUGACCAAAUGUGUACUAUUAGAUCUCUAUUUUGCCACAAUUUUGUGUAUGCUAAGAUUGU